CGAAUGAAAAUACCCUUUCUGCUCUCUCAAGUCGUGACGCACUCGUGCGCUUAUUCAGAAACCUCUAUUCAUGAAGGUGUCUUCCAGAUGUUUUCCGUCAGGCCGCGGAGAGAAAAGAAAACAUGCUGCAACCGGUUGUUGUCAACAAUAGUCGACGAUAUGCAAAGCGUACAGCAUAAUCACGCACGACGGAAGGGCGACUAUAGCAAUGAAGGGAGUCUAGUUGUCUCGGUUGCCGUUCAGAACAGGUAUAGAUGCGACAGAGGACGGAUCGUCCAACCAGCAACUGUGCCCACGUAAACAAAGGGGAAAAAAAUGGUUAUGGGCUUCUUCAGUUCUUUGCUUCUCGCCGCCACCACUCUCUGCAUUACAAGACAAGAUUUUCUUUUUUUGACAGCUUUUGGUUUGGAAUGCGCUGUCUGCCUGCCAUCGGACGAGAAUGCCUCCAUAGCUAAAGAGAUUCAACGACUCUUCGUCGAUGACCAAUCCACUUUGGUCGGCUGUAAUCAAACCAUCGGAUUGGAUGAGAGUGCUAUUGUAAAAACUUGUCCGUCCGGCAGCUUGAGUUGCCACAUUCAAAAAACUAAAGAAUGGACUGCUAAAACCUGUUCCAAGAUUUCAGUUGACGACUGCAAAACUGCCAAUCGCGUGAAGUAUUGCUACUGCAAAACCAACCGCUGCAAUAUGCAAAAUCAUACAAAUUCAACGACAACAACCGGCUCUACUAUGCAAAUGACGGAAUCCACAACGAUUGCUGCCUUAAGUACUAGGCCGGCUGAUGAACAAUACCAUACAACACCACGAUUGCGACCAAAAGAUCCAGCCAAAUCGGAGUCAAAGAAACGACAAUCCGACUGUUGGUCGGUGUUGUCAUCUUUACUGAUGCUAUACUCUUCCAUACAAUUUUUUUAAUUGGGCUAAUCUUUGUCGACAAAAUGUACAAAUGUUAACUAAGUGGUUCAAAAUCCAUCAAUUACUGUUCGCAACGAUGGGAAAUUAAUUGGCUAACUUUAACCUCAGGUUGAUACAACCAGGCGAGUGGAAACAAAUACAGUCAUGCUUUGUAAA